GCAACUCCCCUUCUUUCCUCUCUCUUCGUUCUUUCCAUCAAACAUCCGCAGCCAUGUCUGGAAACACCAAGGCCUUCUUCGACGUCGAGUACGCCCCUGUGGGCACCAGCGCCCCCAAGAUUGGCCGCAUCAACUUCAACCUCUACGAGAAGGACGUCCCCAAGACUGCUCGCAACUUCCGUGAGCUCUGCACUCGUCCCAAGGGUGAGGGCUACAAGGGCUCUACCUUCCACCGUAUCAUCCCCCAGUUCAUGCUCCAGGGUGGUGACUUCACCCGCCACAACGGUACUGGUGGUCGCUCCAUCUACGGGGAGAAGUUCGCCGAUGAGAACUUCAUCUACAAGCACAACCGCCCCGGUCUCCUCUCCAUGGCCAACGCUGGUCCCCACACCAACGGCUCCCAGUUCUUCAUCACCACCGUUGUCACCUCUUGGCUCGAUGGCAAGCACGUCGUCUUCGGCGAGGUUGCUGACGAAGAGUCUAUGCGGGUCGUCAAGGAGCUCGAGGCCAUCGGCAGCAGCUCCGGUGCUGUCCGCUCCGCCGUCAAGCCCACGAUCGUCAACAGCGGUGAGUUGUAAGCAGUUUUUAGCCAUUUAACGAGCCAAAAAUAUGUGAUACGGAGGGGGAAAAAGAAGAAUGAGUAAGGUGGACCAAUAGGACUCCCUCUUUUUCUUUUCUCUCAUCUACUUGCUUCCCAGUGUUCUUUUCUUUCUGGUAUGCUGUAAUCUAGAGUGCCCAUAUUGAACUCUGCCUAUGUUCCG